AUAAAAUGGAACCUAGUGCAGUCCUAAUAGACGAAGAGAACAAGGUUCUUCAUGAAGAAGAGCAGAGGCUAGAUUUUAUGGAGGAAAAUUAUGAUACUACCAAAUACGCAUAUGAAGCUUUUUAUAAUGUUGAGUUUAUUAAAUAUGAUUCGAGUAGGAUAUACUCUAAAUACAAUCAAAUUAGGAAACCGAAGGAUGAAGAGUAUUCUUUGAAUGUUUUUAUCGAAAAAAAUAAUUCAAGGAAUUUUAAACAAUUAGCCGCAACGAUGAUUAGUUAUCCUUUCUUUGAUUUUUUUGUUUCUGGAGAUGAGCAACUAGAGAAACCAAAGAUAUCAAGAUUCCUUCCUUGCAUGAUAAAAGUGUUCCCUAACAUACUUAGCGAGUGCAAGUUCAGACAUGUAUCUCUCACAAGUUCUGACCUCCUCCGUAUAUUCUACAGUCUAAUCUCAAAAUGUGAAUUAAGGUUUAUUUCAUGCUGAUUGGCUAAUUUGACUCACCCAAAUUUCACCAGACCAAUCUCUAUCACCCAGCUUACCCUAAUCAACUGUGUAUCCCCCAACAGCACUUUUUUCAACACUCAAAAUCCCUCCUUCCUCAACCUACGCAGACUACUAAAAGAAUCCUGCUCCAACCCCUGUACCAUAAGACUCACUCCAAAUAUCCACUUCAGCACUGAAGAUCCAACUAUAACCUACAUCACUACUCUACAGCCAGAAUAUCCCGCAGAGCCUCUAGACUAAGAGCUGGCUUAAACUGUACUUUCUCUGUG